CGCGGCGGGCGGAGGACUGGAGCCCGAAAGCAAUGAGCUCCCGGAAAGUGUUGGCCCUGCAGGCCCGAAGGCGCCGCGCCAAGCACCCGCCGGCGGUCGGCAGGAAAGAGAAGCACCCGCCGCACCACAAAAAAAAUCAAGCAGAAGAUUGAGCUGCUGAUGUCAGUUAACUCUGAGAAGUCGUCCUCUUCAGAAAGGCCAGAGCCUCAACAAAAAGUUCCCUCUGCACCACCACCUCCUCCACCACCACCUCCACCUCCACCUUUGCCAGAGCCAUCACCACCAGAACCUGAAGAGGAAAUUUUGGGAUCAGACGAUGAAGAGCAAGAAGAUCCUGCAGAUUAUUGCAAAGGUGGCUAUCAUCCAGUAAAAAUUGGAGAUCUUUUCAAUAGCCGGUAUCAUGUUAUCAGAAAAUUAGGAUGGGGACACUUCUCUACAGUCUGGCUAUGCUGGGAUAUGCAGGGAAAAAGAUUUGUUGCAAUGAAAGUUGUAAAAAGUGCUCAGCAUUAUACAGAGACAGCCUUGGAUGAAAUAAAGUUGCUUAAAUGUGUUCGUGAAAGUGACCCUAUGGAUCCAAAUAAAGAUAUGGUUGUUCAGUUAAUUGAUGACUUCAAAAUUUCUGGCAUGAAUGGAAUACAUGUUUGUAUGGUUUUUGAAGUACUUGGACAUCAUCUUUUAAAAUGGAUAAUCAAGUCCAACUACCAGGGUCUUCCUAUCCACUGUGUAAAAAGUAUAAUCAAACAGGUGUUGCAAGGUUUAGACUAUCUACACAGCAAGUGCAAGAUUAUCCAUACAGACAUCAAACCAGAGAACAUUUUGAUGUGUGUGGAUGACACCUACGUGCGCCGAAUGGCUGCAGAAGCUACAGAGUGGCAGAAGGCUGGUGCUCCUCCUCCUUCUGGCUCAGCAGUGAGUACUGCCCCGCAACAAAAACCGGUUGGAAAGAUAUCUAAAAACAAAAAGAAGAAACUGAAAAAAAAGCAAAAGAGGCAGGCUGAGCUACUAGAAAAGCGUUUGCAGGAAAUAGAGGAAUUGGAACGAGAAGCAGAAAGAAAGAAAAAAGAAGAAAAUGUAACCUCUACUUUUCUGUCCAAUGAUCAAGAAGAUGAAUACCAUCCAGAAGUCAAACUAAAAACAGUUGAAUUAGAAGAAGUGGCAGAUGAAGAACCUGGGAACGAGGAUGGUGAAACAGAAGAUCAGGAUGAAAAGGAAGACACAGAAAAAGAAAACGCAGAAAAAGAUGAUGAUGUUGAACAGGAACUUCUCAACUUGGAACCUACGAACACCGCUUGGAUAGAGUCCCCAAAAACAAAUGGCCACAUUAUAAAUGGUCCUUUCUUACUAGAAGAACAACUUGAAGAUGAAGAUGAGGAAGAGGAAGAAUGCCCAAAUGCUGAGCAAUAUAAUCUUGAUGAGCUAAAUGUGCAAAGUGAUUACAGUUAUAGUAGUUCCUACGAACAAUUUAAUGGUGAAUUGCCAAAUGGACGUCAUAAAAUUCCAGAGUCCCAGUUUUCUGAAUUCUCAGCUUCAGUAUUCUCUGGAGCUUUAGAUUCUGUGGCUUGUGGUUCGGCUGUUUCUGAAGAGUCAACUGGAACUGGAAGAGAAGAAAGCACUCCAUCCCAUGAUAGGAGCAGGACAGUUUCAGCAUCUAGUACCGGAGAUUUGCCAAAAACAAAAACCCGUGCUGCUGACUUACUGGUGAAUCCACUGGAUCCAAGGAAUGCAGAUAAAAUUAGAGUUAAAAUUGCUGACCUUGGGAAUGCUUGCUGGGUGCAUAAACACUUCACAGAAGACAUCCAGACGCGGCAGUAUAGAUCCAUAGAGGUUUUAAUAGGAGCCGGUUACAGUACACCUGCUGAUAUCUGGAGCACAGCCUGCAUGGCAUUUGAACUCGCAACUGGUGAUUAUCUCUUUGAACCACAUUCUGGAGAAGACUAUUCCAGAGAUGAGGACCACAUAGCACACAUCAUAGAGCUGCUAGGCAAUAUCCCAAGGCACUUUGCUCUCUCUGGAAAAUAUUCUCGGGAAUUCUUCAAUCGCAGAGGAGAACUUCGACACAUUACAAAGCUGAAACCUUGGAGCCUCUUUGAUGUCCUUGUGGAGAAGUAUGGUUGGCCUCAAGAAGAUGCAGCAGAGUUUACAGAUUUCCUGAUCCCUAUGCUAGAAAUGGUUCCAGAGAAGCGGGCCUCAGCGGGCGAAUGCCUCAGGCAUCCAUGGUUGAAUUUUUAGCAGAAUCUCCAACUCUCACCCUGGGCCAGGCACCCAUGUCUCUACACAUCAGACCGUAAACGGUGACUGUCAUAAGUUCUCUUUAACAGGAUCAUAAAUGAGCUGGCUUCAACCCCAGAUCUUUAUUUUGCUUUGAGGUACUGUUUGACAUUUUGCUUUCUGUGCACUGUGUUUUUGGGAGGGGUGGUCUUUUUGUCUUCAGCUGGUAGUUUUACUGACUCUCUUCAGAAAACACUAAUGUGUCUUCAAGCAUCGUUUCUUGUGUUGUGUGGCAUUCAGACAUCCACUUUUUGAACAAAAACACCCUUUAUUCUCCUCUCAUGUGUUUUGACAGGUUUUGUAACUAUUUAUGGAAAAUAUUUUAGCUGAGUAUUAUAUAAUUUACAAGCGUGAGGCAUUACCAAGUCAGAAUUGGGGGGGAAAUGUACAAUUCUAUCUUCUGGCAAAGGGACAAUUUUUUUUGUAAAAUACUGUAUGUAAAUGCACCCUGUAAAUGUUUACUUCCAUUAAAAAUGGGAUGGGGGAGGGGACACACACACAAAUUGUAAAGUAAUGCUACAAAAUCCAGAGACCUGCAGCAUCCAACCAGCAUGCAGCAGAUUUGAAGCUGCUGCUAGGAACAGUGUCAUGAUCUCCUUUUGUAGCAGUGCCCAGGCUGGAUUUGAAAGCCAGUUGCUCCUAUUUAUGACAUUUCAUUCUCCAUAGAAGGGUUUGUAAAGGAAGGCAAAGACUUCUUUCCAAGGAGAACUCAGUAGUGUUGUCAUUUCAGCACUACUAGGGACGAUCUGCCUGUUUCAACUGCUUUUAAGGAGAAAUAGGAUUACUUGCUCUGCACUGAAUUGGGAUGGGAAGGCUUGGUAGUAUUGCUUUCUGAUUAAUGUAUUAGGCUUAAUAAUUGGAAAAUAUUUGAGGAAGGAUUCUUUGGGCAGACUCUU